AUGUCAUCACAAAAUCCAAGCGACAUGCCUCCUCAAGGCCCCCCCUAUCUCCCUCGCACAGCUGGCCUCGGUGGCCGUCCAAUACCCUCGGUCGAUGAUCCCAUCUGCGGCGUCAUAUUGGCAUUCUUCGUCACAGGCGCAGUCCUCAACAUGACCAUCCUGCAACUCAACCGUCGACGAUCUCACAAAUUCAUCCUCUCAGGCCUCCUCUUCGGUUUCUGCAUGGCCCGUAUCACCGCAAACGUCCUGCGCAUUGCAUGGGCUUCCAACCCUACCAACUCGAGCAUCGCCAUCGCCGCCAAUGUCUUUACAAACGCUGGCGUUGUUCUCCUUUUCGUCGUCAAUCUCAUCUUCGCCCAGCGCAUACUGAGAGCCUAUCACCCACACAUUGGAUGGAGCAAGCCUGCUUCGUUGGCCUUCAAGUUCUUGUACUUUUCCGUCGCUGCCAGUCUUAUCAUGCUCAUCGCAGCUGUUGUGUACAAUUUCUUCACACUUGACCCGCACACCAAGCAGCAGCUUCGCGACAUCCAGCUCACUGGUAGCACCUUUCUCACCAUCCUCGCAUUUCUCCCUCUCCCUAUCGUUGGACUCUGCUUUGUUCUUCCUCGAAGGACACCCAUGGACAAGUUCGGCCAGGGUCGCAUGCGUACCAAGAUCCAACUUCUCGUCUUCACCACUGUUCUUAUUUCACUGGGUGCCGCAUUUCGAACUGGAGUAUCCUACAAGAUCCGCCCCGCCAACGACCCAGCGUGGUAUCACAGCAAGGCGUGCUACUACUGCUUCAAUUAUGUCAUUGAGAUCAUUGUAGUCUUCUCGUAUGCCCUCUCUCGUUUCGACCGUCGCUUCCACAUUCCUGACGGCAGUCAUGCGCCUGGCGAUUACUCUACCAAUAAGAAAGCCCCUCAAGACGCCAUAUAUCGUGUCAACACUGAAGAGGAAGUCUUUGGCGAGGACGAGCGACCACGAACGACAGAACAGAACCAACAAAUGCCAAGGCAAUGGGAUGCAAAUCUCAAGGAAGAGCGCGAAGAAGAGACUGUCUAG